AUGAAAGCAGAAAUAGAAGCUAUUGAAACAGCUUCACCAACUGUAAUAACUUUCAACGCGGCGGGUGCAGCUACUGGAGGAUUAUCUGCCGCAGUCAAAGCUGCCAACGCAAAGAAAGCAGCUGAUGCUAAAGCCGCUGAAGAACGCAGACAUAAUUUAAUAAUGGAAAAGGAAGCCAAAGGUUCAGGAGUGGGAGAUAUGAUAGGCACAAUAAAAGAAUUUGGAAAAAGAUUUGGGGAAGAAACCAAGAAAACUGUUAAACAAGGAUUAAAUAAAUUAGUAGAUAGUAUUGACACAGGAGAAAUCAAAGUCAAACAUAAGGGUAAUGGAAUAUUUUUUAAAAAUAUACACACCGGAGAAGGAAUAUAUCUUUCGAAGUAUAAAGGAGAAGGAGCUAUUUUUGGAACAAAUUAA